GCACCAGCUAAAAUUGUAUCAAAAACAAGCAGAAACCAAGCGGUGCUUGCAUGGGCUGUGCCAGGAGGAAGGAGCGGGACAGCUGCUCUGGGGUUAUUACAAAGACCUCAGCACAGUGACGACCCACUCACAGUGGAAGGGUCAAUUUCCAAGGAGCUUGUCCAACACGAAGCAGUUCAUAGUGGUAUUAAGCCUUACAUUUGUGGUGCUUGUGACGAGGCUAGCGAGACCAGACACGAUCACGAGCAGCACGUCAGAACGUGUAAGUUCCGCACAUUACUGGCUUACCCUUGUGGAUAUUGCGGCAAAUUCUUCGACAGAUCGAGUCUUCUGUGGCGCCAUUACCACAGCCACCGCCCGGAUAAGAUGGAAGGCUACUCAUGCGGUCAUUGUAGAGAGGAGUUCCCGACACGACUGCUGCUCAACCAGCACAACGGUGACACGCACCAGAUCAUCCAGCCCAAGACAAGGGCGGUCGUUUUCCAAUGUAACUUCUGCCCAAACAAAUUGACAAGCCAGGAUGAGUUGCUGGAACACGUGAAGACGUACCACCUGUCCAACAUCGCCAGUACCAGCUCGAUAGGCGAGCCAACGGCUGUCCAUGUGAAGGCCAAGAAGCCGGACAAACGGAAGGGGAGAACGAAGGUGUUCCAGUGCAGUUACUGUCACGAGUGUUUCAGCAAAGAGAGUCGGGUUACCCGCCAUGAAAGAAUUCACACUAAUGAGAAGCCGCACGUCUGCCAUAUUUGUGGACUUGCUUUCACCUUCAAGCGUGAGCUGAAACAGCAUUUGCAGAAAGAGUGUAAGGUGGGAGACGCCGACAUCAGUGAAAAGAAAGCCUCAUUCACGGGGAUGGAUCCCGAAGAUUUAGAGAAUGCCACACAGGACGGAAGUGACGAUGAUGAUGAUGUAAUCUGCAUACCAUCCUCUCCGUCCCCCUCUCCAUCUCCGCCAACAUCGAUCCCAGCCUUAGGCUCAGUUCAUAUCCAGCGAUUAGACCCAGUGCCGGUCAUAGGUCAACCUCCUAGUUCAGUUGCCGGGCAGAUAAGCACCCUAGACUCCGUUACUCCAAGCGUCUACUCAACGUCUGUCGCCCUGCCACCUUCCCGAGACCAGAUUUACCUGAUUCAGUAUGAUCAGACACAGCAAGGCCCUGUGAGCAUAACCAUACCCGACCAACUGUCCAGUGCCGCUAUAAGAAUCCUGCCGACGGAUCAGAACAAGCCCUCUGUUCCGGUUCCGGUGAGACUGGAACGACUGAUCUCAGAUUGACAAAGCAGUUUCCUUUAAAUUGUUGCGACAUGGAGGUAGGAGGUGUAACUUCGAACAACUUGGAACGAGUGAAAGCUGAAUAGGCAGUCUUAAAGCCCAAUUUGAGUUUGAACUAUCCUCUUCUACUCUGUAUUAAUGUAAGCACAUUGCACGUAAGACUCGAAUAACAAAGAAACCCCAAGUCGUCACGUAGUAACACGCUUUUCGUUCUUUAUGCAAGUGGCUGUACACAUUUCAGUUGACGACCAAAUAUGUUUUGGUUUAUGCAUGUUACCUCAAGAGCAUUUGUGAAAGGGUGUUUUUGGCUUUUAUUGCCCGAUCAAAAAGAAACGAUAACGUGGAAUCCAUUCAGAAUCGAUGACAUAUCGUGCUAUCUCGUGGCUGGUUUGGUGGUUCCCGUCGAUCAUCCGGAGGACUGUGCAAGAAAGUAAAGAACAUAAACAAGCCUAGUGAAAUGGGGUCAUACGUUCGGUUUAGGAACGUAUGACUUCGAUGAUGGAUUAGUACAUGUACAGUUUGUACAUGUAUUGCUUCGGCAAGUAAAACUAGCACCAUGGGUUUUGAACUGGCACCCUGCAGGUCUUUUUGCUUCGUUGUAUUUUUUCUAUGUUGCCUUUGUUUCUUCCUUUAGUUUUGUUUUCCCGAGGAAAAGUCCAGGGAAAGGGAAAGCUGAACGGAUGUAUUUUACCUAGCCAUCCGUUAAAGCAGUCGGUAGGCCCAUGUGCAUAGGAACACCACACAAAAAUCAGUCCAGCUGUCACUCUUUUCAAUUCGAAUUUAAAAAUAUCUUUCACAUUUCCAAGCUUUCACUGAAUUGUGUUUCCAGUCAUAAAAAAAUACAAGUACAUCAGAAAACAAACACAACGCGCGGAAUUUCUCAUGGUGUACAAAGCACAUUAGAUGUAUAUAAAAUAAUUAACAAACGGGCGUACGCAGUCGGGUAUGUGCGCACGUGUGUGAGGAAAUUAACCGGCUAAUGUAUACUACAUGUACAUGUACUUUCUUUUCAUGGCGAAAAUAUGCACAGGCACGGAGCAAACAGCGAAUCUCGCGUGUCGCGGUCUUGGCCAAUCGAGAGAAGACACGAAAUACGUUUUGCAGUAUGUUCUAAAUGACCAAAACAGCAGACAAGCUUUGGGCAACUGGGCGUUGUCCUGUAAGGAAGGGGGUUCAAAUUUCACAGUUUCUGUUGGUGCGAUUGCACUCAGGUAAACGUGGUUGCUCCUUAGGCUUGUGCUUCACUUUGUUCGGCUGUACUACCUUUACAUACUCAACUCGAUGUGCACGAUUUACUAGGCAUUGAAACAAGAGUCUCGGGAUUAAACGGCUUCUAGUUUGUUUGUUUAUGUUUUUUAAGUUUUAUUUAUACAAAAAUGUAUUCACAGUUUAAAAAAGUAUAUAAAAAAAAUAAAACUUGUAACACUUUCAAAAGAUGUGACCCUCAGGAACCAGUAUAGAAGUGGUUUUUGGUUUUGUUCCUUAUACAUCUCUAAAAGUGAAAUUUCACUAUGAGAAAUGUAGCUGUACAUAUAUAAAUAACCACACUUGACUGUUUUUCAUUAACAAUUCCUCGUAAUUGCGAUAAGCUAUUACAACUGUCCAACACCAUGGCUCCAUUUUAAUUUUUUGUUCCAUUGUACCUUGUCACCUAUCCUCAAUGAAUGCGCACUUCUUCUGGAACCAUUCUGAACAAACUAUUGAUACCUUUAAAAAACUAGGUACAUCUCUAAUUUUCAAGGGAAAUUGCAAGUUACAUUCGACAUUCAGAGCUAAUGCUUCAGUUUUUAGUGCUUACUGCUGGCAAGUAAUGUUCUUUCUGCAUCAAAUACAUGUAUUGAAAACUUAAUAAAAAUUAUAUAGGACUGGGAAAAUUCACAAAACAGGAACCUAUUUCUGGCUAGUAAAAAAAGAGAUUAGUACCAAGAUGCAAAUCUUUCUCUGCUGAUAACAGUGCUAUUCAUAUUAGCCGUACGUGUACUUUGAAAACAGGACCUUGUUACUGCCAUGCCAAGACCAUUAUCCUUAAAGCUGCAUGUAAACCUGUAUACUUUUUAUAAAGGCUUUUCACCCAUUUAUGUUUUUUCAUAAAUUGCACCUGUUAUCUCAAUUUUUCAAACAUCUGAUCAACAGCUGCUAUCCAAUUCAGAUUUCCCUCGUAAAUUGAAACGUGUAAUGAAAACAGCACAAGUAACUUGUGAGCUAAACAACUUGUUGAAAAGUGCAUUUAUUUCAUUGAAGACUCAAUUUACUGCAAAGCAGAAGCUCGAAUAGAUACAAAUAUUUUUUGUCUGUGCCUGAAUGAAGGAGCAAAUGAAUUAGGAAUGGCUUCUGCACCUACAUGUGCAUGUAUCUCGGAUAGUUCUGUGCAAAGCUCUGUGAUAGAGGUAGCACUGUUCAAGUUCCAGCUCCAAGUAAGAAAACAAUUGUGAUGUGUUUUAAUAAAGUGCACAUAUCCACCAUUAA